CCGCCAGGUGUCAGUAACGCGCUGAGAAACGUAACGUCAACUUCACGUAACAGAAGAAGUCUCGUGUCCUUCACAACAGCAAACAUGGCUACUGCCACCAAAAUUAUUCAGAGGCUUCGAAAUUUUUUAGCUGGGCACGACCUGCAAGCCAAACUACAGCUGAGAUAUGAGGAGGUUGCAAAGAGGACACAGCCAGCACCCAAGCUGCCAGUAGGCCCGAGCCACAAGUAUGCCAGCAACUACUACUACACCAGAGAUGGACGCAGAGAGUCAGUACCCGCCACUGUCGUCAUGUCUUCACAUAAGGCUCUCACAGCUGGCAGUCAAAUUGCUGAAGCCCCAAAGCUUCCAGUGACCCCGGGUGCUGUAUAUAAGGAGCCACCACUCUCCACAGACCAGCCGUACCUCUGAGCAGCAGGACUAACCCGUACUUCAGCAUCAACAACCUAAUUUCUCCAUCCAAACCUGCUGUAGAGGCCUGACCACUGCAUGUGUUGGUUGUAUCCUGUACAAUAGAAAGUGUGAAUAAAAUGUGUUCUAUUUAA